CUGAUUGGUGUUUACUCGGAAAACCGCGUCCCCUUUGGCUAGCCAGUUUUGAUCAUGCAGAAAACUUUGAAUUAGAAAUAAAAUACACGACUACCUAGCCACGGAAAAUGAGCCCUACUUCGCUAUAAAUAAGAAAUCUACCACUUCUGUCUACUGUAAACAGGUCCUGCCCCCCAGCCUUCUCUGAAGCGAUUCCUGCCCCUGUAGCAGCCUUCACACCACACACGUACAGACACGUGGGACUCUGGACGAGGAUGACAAUGGAAGAGAUGAAGAAUGAAGCGGAGAUGACCUCGAUGGUUUCCAUGACACUCUACACUGUGAUGUACCCCGUCUUCCACGAGUUGGAGAGAGUGAACCUGUCGGCAGCACAGACACUGAGGGCAGCAUUUAUAAAGGCUGAGAAGGAGAACCCAGGGCUGACCCAGGACAUCAUCAUGAAGAUCCUGGAGAAGAAAAACGUGGAGGUCAACUUCAUCGAGUCACUACUACGCAUGGCUGCAGGCGAUGUGGAAGAGUUCAUGAUUGACAGGCCUGAGCAGGAGUUCCAGGACUUGAAUGACAAGGCCCGGGCACUCAAACACAUCCUCAGCAAGAUCCCGGAUGAAAUCAACGACAGAGUACGCUUCUUACAGACCAUCAAAGAUAUCGCCAGCGCCAUAAAGGAACUCCUGGACACGGUCAACACUGUCUUCCGAAAAUACCAGUACCAGAACCGACGGGCACUGGAACACCAAAAGAAAGAGUUUGUGAAAUACUCCAAGAGCUUCAGCGACACACUUAAAACCUACUUCAAAGAUGGAAAGGCGAUAAACGUGUUUGUCAGCGCCAACAGGCUCAUCCACCAAACCAACCUAAUACUCCAGACCUUCAAGACCGUGACAUAGACUGGGGUUAACCACACCAACCCUGGAAACCCUUUGUGUACAAUGUUCAGAUUCUGUUUCUGGGACUGUAUCAUUUAUAAAUCUUGCUUCAAGAGGGAGAUAAUUUAGAGUUGCAGGCGGCCAGAUUAUAAUUAAAUUGCCAGAGAUUUUUUUUCCUUUUUUUGUUGUAUUUCUUCCCACCAGGAUCAUGCUAUCUCCACAGAGUAUCUUAUGUCAUGCUAUCUCCACAGAGUAUCUUAUGUCAUGCUAUCUCCACAGAGUAUCUUAUGUCAUGCUAUCUCCACAGAGUAUCUUAUGUCAUGCUAUCUCCACAGAGUAUCUUAUGUCAUGCUAUCUCCACAGAGUAUCUUAUGUCAUGCUAUCGCCACAGAGCAUCUCAUGUCAUGCUAUCGCCACAGAGCAUCUCAUGUUAAAGAUCCUCUCAUUUCUUUAAUUUGCUCUCUCACUUUGUCCAUGUGGAAGCCAAAAUGCCUUAACGUGGCCAUGGAGUCAUUCCUUAAUGGAUGCUAAAUGGUUCAUACAGGGGAUGGUUUCUGUAUUUUGAAAGUUACAUAUCUUGAAAGCAACAGCAAUCAAGUUAUGUCAACAAUGGACUAAUGAAACCAAAAUAUGUUUUUUGGGUGGAGUUGUCCUUUAAACCAGGUGUAAAUACAGGCACUUCUGCUUUUUUUUACAUUCUAACUUGAACAAUGAGACAUGAUGAUGAUGAUGAUGAUGGUGCAAGUUGUAUAUUUAACAGCUAUUUGGUUGCAAAAUGUUAAAAUAAAUAGUUUAAAAAUUUUGGAAA